AUGAGCGCUAGGAAGUUUGCGCCUGCGACGCGGCGCGCUUGCGGUGUGCUUGCCUUUGUCUUGCUCCUGCUCAUGCUAGCAGACCGAACACCGCUGUUGCUGAAGCAGACAAAGGCCUGGAGUCCCUGGGCGCUGGGUAUUGGCUCUAGUAUCAUUGGCCUGGCCGCGCUCCUUUGGAUAGAGGAGGUCGACGAGGACACUUUUAUGAGUCGUCAUCAGACAAACGAGUGGAAGGGCUGGAUGCAGCUCACGUUUCUCGUCUACCACUACACGGCAGCCUCAGGUGCUCGGCAGGUUUUGGCCGUCUACAGCUGGAUCCGUAUCCUGGUCGGCAGCUUCCUCUUUCUGACGGGCUACGGGCACUUUUUACACGCUUUGCGCCAGGGUGUCAAGCUUCAUCGCGUUGGUAUGGUUCUGGUGCGCCUCAAUCUCUACGCUGUGGCCCUGUGCCUCUGCAUGCACCGACCAUACAUGGCCUACUACUUUAUCCCACUCGUAACCUUUUGGUACCUUGAGACCAUUGGGCUAGCAGUCGUAUACCCACAUUUGGGACGGCACCGUGAUGCGAUCACAGUCGUGCUCGCCCUGGUGCUACCGAGCGUUUUAUUCUGGUCGCCGGAUGGGCAAGCCACGCCCAUCUUUGAUGCCAUCUUCAACGCUCCGGGUCUUCAGCAGGUGCGCACGGCCUCGGCAGCAGGGGUGGUGCUGGCCUUGGUCGUGCACGCCAUGCGCGCCCGCCAGCGCCGAGUGAGCCCGCGAAUGGCGGGCUUGGGCGGCAUCCUCUGCAUCGUGGCGUUGUGCGCGCAGGCUCUGUUCUUUUCCACAUGCACGACCAAGAUGUACGCCAGCAAAAGCUGUACAUCCUGCGCCCUCUCAUGGGUCUCUGAAGGUCUGGAGGCGACAGCUGCCGGUCGAAGAGACGAGCUGCGCAACCAAGGCGCUGACGUGGCAGAAGCAGAGAGGCUCCGGCAUGCCUUCAACAUCCGCACAACUGGCGUCAAACUGCAGCGCCACGGGGCUACCCUCCGAAACCGCGUGGCUUUCAAACUGCAGGCGCAUGGUAAGGCGCCGCCAGGGGUCCGGCCCCCGGUGCCCAGGGACCUGCCAUGGUCGUCGCCCACGCACCCAUACCCACCAAUGCAGGACAGCGCAGCGGCAGGCACUCUGUGUGUGUGUGUGUGUGUGUGUGUGUGUGUGUGUGUGUGUGUGUGUGUGUGUGUGUGUGUGUGUGUGUGUGUGUGUGUGUGUGUGUGUGUGUGUCUGGUUUAA